AUGCCUCAUAUUGUACUCCUCGGAACAUGCGACUCUAAGCUUGAAGAACUUCUCUUUCUCAGAACGCAAAUCCUCAAAAGCGGAGGCGAUGACACGAGGGUAACACUGGUUGAUGUAGGACGAUCGCCAACAAAGCACGAGUUGAUCACAGUAUCACAAGAUAUGUUGACCUCCAAAUAUGGCCCACUCGAAAGACAAGACUUAUCAUCACUGGCAAGAGGAGAUGUCAUAAAGUACAUGAUCUCUUGCGGGCAGAGCUGGCUCAAGGAAGCUUUUGCUGUUGGCGAGCAAGUCCAAGCCAAAGCUAUACACGGAGUCAUCAGUGCAGGAGGCACCGGUGGCACCUCUUUGGUUUCCGGCAUCAUCAGAAAUAUCCUGCCUAUCGGAUUUCCUAAGCUCAUCGUGAGCACUGCUGCAUCUGGAGACACUGGACCUAUCGUCGGCGAGACGGAUCUGACAUUGACGUAUUCUGUUGUUGACAUCGCAGGAACCAACUCUCUGCUGAGACGCAUUCUUUCGAACGCGGCAGGAGCCAUCUGUGGAAUGGCAAGAGUUUAUGAGAAGUCACUGGCCGAAGAGACAUAUGGCAAGCAACGGAAGCGAGUCGGCCUAACAAUGUUUGGCGUCACGACGCCUUGUGUCGACACGGUCCGACAACACCUAGAAUCCACUUACGACGUCGAAUGCUUUGUGUUUCACUGUACGGGCCAUGGCGGGAAAGCUAUGGAGCGCCUUGUUGAGCAGGGCGAGCUGGACGCUGUGCUGGACAUCACGACUACAGAGAUCUGCGACUACCUCUGCGGUGGAGUCAUGAGUGCUGGAGAACAUCGACUUGAAGCGUCGCUGGAAGCCGGCAUUCCUUGCAUUAUCAGCCUUGGCGCAACAGAUAUGGUAAAUUUCGGUCCAAAGGCGACUGUCCCGGAGAAGUAUCAGAAUCGCAAGCUCUUUGAGCAUAACCCAACUGUUACGCUGAUACGCACGUCGCCCGAUGAAUGCAGGCAGAUUGGCGACUUCAUCGUGGACAAGCUCAAGAAUCACGUCAGGAACUCCAGCAACGUCCAAGUAGUUGUGCCGAAGGGUGGCGUGAGCAUGCUCGCAUCACCUGGUGGCCCGUUCUAUGACGCUGAAGCAGAUAAAGCCAUCUUCUCUGCAGUUCGUGAAGGCUUGAGAGAGACCGAAACGGACUUGAUCGAGGACGACCGCGCUGUGAACGACGAGGGAUUCGCACAUGAUAUCGCAGAGCGACUUGCAAAGCUGAUGGGCCUUGUUCGUCAAUGA